UACGUAUUCUUCAAAUUUCGAACAUCGCUCUCAAUCCUCGGUCUGUGCUUUUCUUCCUUACGUUUUAUUUUUACAAGGGCGGUGGCAGUCGUUUCUUGCAUUCGAGCUCACAUCGGCUGUCAUCGCGUACUCGACAGGUUGUUGUCUGUGGUUGUUUGGAUCCUCGGUGUUUUUGGUUCUCACUGGUCGCUGAGUGAGUCAGUCUGAUCAGUCACAGUUCGAUCCUGGUCUUUCGCGGACGGCACGUGAUAUAGUUGACUACCAAGCAGCUUCCAGACUCACAUCUAAAAACAACAUCGAAAUGUUGCGCCUUGCAGGAGCAUUCUUGCUGAUUUGCUUGCACGCGGGCUACGUUUACGGAAUGGAUUGUUCUUUUGGUACCACCAAGAAUGUAUGGGAGAAGCCGUUUACCACAUGCCCUGGUUUUUUGGAUUCGUCCGACAAAUCUUAUUGCUGCUUCAAUACAGCUGCUGAAACCUAUUGUUGCGACUGGGAGGAGUUUGCGUUGAAAAAUGGACUCGGUAUCAUCAUUCCCUUGAUAAUUGUCGCGGCUAUAGUAGUUGGAUUGAUAGUGUGUUGUAUAUCUUGUCUCUGCUGCAGCUGUUGCCCAUGGUAUCGCCGUCGUCACCAAGGCACCGUCUACGGAAUACUUGUUGCAGAAGUUCAGACACCUGUUGUGCAAGUAAUUCAGCCCCAAGCAAAUCUUCCAACAAGCUACACUAAUCAAGCAAUUCCAAAUGUCCCAAAUCCAACGAGUUCAAUAGGAAUGCCACAACCCCCGCCACCGUACAACGAGGUGUAUGCUAAACAAGCUCCGUACAACCCCGCGUAUCCACCAUCAUCACAGUAACAGUCCAGAUUAUAGUUAUCUUGAUUACAAUUGUUGAUAAAAUAUUUACAAGAUUUCUUAUCAUUGUCAAUAACAUUUCGAGGGUAAUUUCUAUCGAAUUUGAGUCCUAAUGUUCAUAUGAAAUAUAUUGUGUGUUCAUCUGGCCAUCGUAUAACACAAAUAAAAUCAUAAGUCGUGCGCGUUUCACGCAAUAGUCCAUUAAGCUAUAAGUCUCGUACAAUUUUUUACUAUUUAAAUAAGACACAAUAUGUUCUUCUUGAUAGAUAGAUCUUCCUAAGAAGUGUUUGAUAUUUUGAUUUUAUUAUAUAUUUUUACACAAAUAUUUAGUAAAAAUAUAUUUUCAAAGAAUAAUUUAUAAUUAAUAGGUUUCGCAAAUAAACAAAUAGGACAAACUGUGAAACAAAUACAACAAACUUUAUGAAAUAUUCUCAACAUAUAAAAAUCUAUGAGAAAAAUACUGAAAUGUAUUAUUGUUAUCAAAUUUGAGAUUAAUAAAAUAUUGAAAUAUU